UUUGUGACAGUUUACAGUGGCAAAUGCCAUACUCAGCUGUGUCAGAGACUACUUGUCUCUGGCUGUAUAUCAAAACAUUGCUAAUUUUUUCUUUUGUAACUUUCUCAAAUAAAAAAAUAUAUAAGCACCGAUGCUGAUGAGUGUUCGCUAAAAUCUUAAUCCAAGGGCAGGCGGAAACAUGAAGAAAUCCAUCCAGUUUGGGAUACCUGGAAUUUAGUGAAUAUACACAAAGCAAUUUACUCGAAUUCAAGGUAUGACUGUUGCUGUUGCAAACAUGCCGACAGUAAGGAAGGUUCGAAGAGAGUCAACAGAAGUGAGCAGUUGUUUAAAGUACAUGAUCUUCGGUUUCAAUGUCUUAUUUUGGCUUAUGGGCCUAUCAAUUUUAACAGUCGGAGUUUGGGCAUGGUCUGAGAAAGACAUUUUUAACAAUUUAGGAAAAGUGGCUAAUGUUGCCCUUGAUCCAGCAUUUAUAUUAAUUUGUGUUGGUACUGUAACUUUUGUAAUAGGAUUUACAGGGUGUGUUGGUGCCCUUAGGGAAAACACUUGCUUGCUGGCAACUUAUGCCAUUUUUCUAUCAGUAUUGCUUCUGUUUGAAGUAACUGCCGCUACAUUAGUUUUUGUGUUUAAAGAUUGGAUAAAAUCCCAAGCAACUAUUGGGUUUCAAACUUUCAUCAUUCACUACAGGGAAGAUCCAGAUCAACAGAAUUUAAUUGAUUGGAUCCAAGAAGAUUGGUUGCAAUGCUGCGGUAUUGAAGGACCGAAAGAUUGGGAUCGGAACAAUUAUUUUAAUUGUUCAUCUAAAGUGGUGGGUAGCAGAGAAGCUUGUGGAGUGCCAUUUUCCUGUUGCAAGAGGAAACCGAAUGAAAUUAUCAAGAACAAGCAGUGUGGAUAUGAUGUGAGAAAACCCGGAUUUCCAGGAGAGGAAAAUCAGAUAUUUCAAAGAGGUUGCUUGCGAGCCGGUGAAGAAUGGAUAGAAAUUAAUUUGGUGCCAGUUGCGGCAGUUAAAGUAGGAAUUAUAAUCCUACAGGCUUUCGAUGUAUCCAAAAUCAUAUACGAGCAGGGCUGUUUGGAGGCUGUCGAGGAAUGGACCGAAAAAAACAUGAUUUCUUUGGCUUCCUACGGCUUUUUGUUAUUGUUUUUUCAAAUUCUUGGCAUCUGUUUUGCUCAGAAUCUCCGAGCAGACAUUUUUGCACAGAAAGCUAAAUGGCACUGACAAUUAAGAACUCCCACCGCCGUCUAGUAUAACUUUAUGUACAGGACAGCGUGGGACCCCAACA